AUGGCAUCCAAUCUUCAAACCAAGCGCAAUAAUCCAUUUGCUAGGUCAGGAACCUUAUCUCCCGAACCAGGUAUUCCAAAAGGCAGACCGAAAAGUGCAAUUUUUGCAUCUCCUCCCUCCUCUUUACCCGCACAAAGUCUUCAAACACACAAUCGACAUCAAUCCUACUCCUCACUUGGAAAUAUCGUGGCACCUAUUAAUAAUAAUAAUAAUGUUUCGCUACGAUUUCGGUCCAAUUCGAAAACGAGUGCCCCCUCCUCAAAUACAUUUGCACCUUCAUUCAUCAAGCUGGAAGAGAUGCGACUCGGUGCAGAGACUGUGAAAGCAAUGGAGGGAGACAAUGAUUUUUCGGGAAAAAGAUAUGUUUGGCUGAAAGAUGCUCAAACAGCAUUCGUGAAGGGUUGGAUAGUAGAGGAAUUGGAAAAUAAUCACAUACUGGUCCAAUGUGACGAUGGGAGUCAACGAGAGGUUGAUGCCGAGACUGUUGACAAAGUAAACCCUGCGAAAUUCGACAAAGCAAAUGAUAUGGCUGAGCUCACACAUCUAAAUGAGGCAUCCGUUGUCCAUAAUCUUCAUAUGAGAUAUCAAGCUGAUCUUAUCUACACCUACUCCGGCUUGUUUCUGGUCACUAUCAACCCAUAUUGCUCUUUACCUAUAUACACGAAUGAAUACAUAAACAUGUACAAGGGACAGAGUCGGGAGGAGACUAAACCACACAUAUUCGCAAUGGCAGAUGAGGCAUUUAGAAAUUUGGUUGAAGAAGGAGAGAACCAAAGUAUUCUUGUGACUGGAGAAUCUGGAGCUGGAAAGACUGAAAACACCAAAAAGGUCAUACAAUAUCUUGCGGCUGUUGCAAACUCGGAGUCGCCAGUCAAGAACAAAGUACAGCAUUCAACUCUUUCGCAGCAGAUCCUUCGUGCCAAUCCAAUCUUGGAAGCCUUCGGAAAUGCGCAGACAGUCAGGAACCACAAUUCCUCCCGUUUUGGAAAAUUCAUCCGUAUCGAAUUUACGCGCAACGGCAGUAUUGCCGGUGCUUUCAUAGAUUGGUACCUUCUCGAGAAGUCAAGAGUGGUAAGGUUGAAUGCGCAUGAGCGAAACUAUCACGUCUUUUAUCAGCUCUUGAAGGGAGCCGAUCGCGCGUUAAAGCAGAAAUUUCUGAUUGAAGGUUUAGAUGUGGAGGAUUUCGCUUAUACAAGGGAUGGUCACGACACCAUCGUUGGUGUCUCUGACAGAGACGAAUGGGUUUCCUUAGUAGAGGCAUUCAACGUUAUGGGAUUUUCCGAAAAAGAUCAAGUAUCCAUAUUACGAACGGUCGCUGCUGUUCUACACCUGGGCAACAUAACUGUCGUGAAGGAGAGUAGAUCGGCAGAUCAAGCUCGAUUGACCCCAGACGCACGUGCACAGGCAGACAAAGUGUGCAGAUUACUUGGCAUUCCACUCGAACCAUUCUUGAAAGGUCUGUUACACCCUCGCGUGAAAGCCGGAAGGGAAUGGGUCGAAAAAGUGCAGACUCCCGAACAAGUUUUACUUGCAAUAGAUUCGUUGGCAAAAGGCAUCUACGAACGAGGGUUUGGUGAUCUAGUGACCCGAAUUAAUCGCCAAUUAGACAGGACUGGUAUGGGUCUCGAUGAUUCUCACUUCAUCGGAGUACUGGAUAUUGCUGGAUUCGAAAUAUUCGAAGAAAACAGUUUUGAGCAACUCUGCAUCAACUACACCAACGAGAAACUCCAGCAAUUUUUCAACCACCACAUGUUUGUCCUUGAACAAGAAGAAUACGCCCGUGAGAAAAUUGAAUGGAAAUUUAUUGAUUUCGGUCACGAUCUUCAGCCCACGAUUGACCUGAUCGAGUUGCCUAAUCCUAUCGGUAUUUUCUCGUGUCUCGAUGAAGAUUGUGUCAUGCCAAAAGCCACGGAUAAAUCAUUUACGGAAAAACUUCAUUCUCUUUGGGACCGCAAAACUCCAAAGUAUCGAGCCUCUCGGCUUGGGCAAGGAUUCAUGCUCACUCAUUAUGCCGCCGAAGUUGAAUAUUCGACCGAAGGAUGGCUGGAGAAGAACAAAGAUCCUAUGAAUGAUAACAUCACGAGAUUGUUGGCUGCAUCGAGCGAUACCCAUGUCGCAAACCUCUUUAGCGAUUGCUUGGAGGCAGGCGAUGAUUCUGGUGCCAUCCGAAGUAGGGUAAAAAAAGGUCUUUUCCGUACGGUCGCUCAAAGACAUAAAGAACAGCUAUCCAGCUUGAUGGCCCAGCUGCAUCUAACGCAUCCCCACUUUGUGAGAUGUAUCAUUCCCAAUCACAAGAAGAAGCCAAAACAACUUAGUGCGCCACUUGUACUUGACCAGUUGCGUUGUAACGGUGUUUUGGAAGGUAUUAGAAUUGCACGCACUGGAUUCCCAAACAGACUUCAUUUCUCGGAGUUUCGACAAAGGUACGAAGUUUUAUGCCGAAACAUGCCGAAGGGGUACCUCGAUGGUCAGACAGCAGCUAGCAUGAUGUUAGAUAAGCUCCAAUUGGACAAGUCAUUGUUCCGUGUCGGAAUCACCAAGGUCUUCUUCCGUGCCGGUGUAUUGGCAGAGCUUGAAGAGCAACGUGAUGCCUUAAUCCGUGAGAUUAUGACUCGAUUUCAAUCCAUGGCUCGCGGUUUUACACAAAGACGAAUUGCCAAUAAGCGACUCUAUAGAGCGGAGGCAACGCGAAUCAUACAACGAAAUUUUCAGGUCUACAUAGAUCUUUGUGAGAACCCUUGGUGGCGUCUCUUGGUUAAGAUGAAGCCGUUGUUGGGUGCUACCAGGACAUCGGGAGAACUCAAGAAGAGAGAUGAAAUGAUCAAACAGCUCAGCGAAAAAAUGGAUCAAGAGGCGGCCGAACGCCAGAGACUGGAUGAGGAACGACGAAACACCCACACCGAGAUGGUGAAGAUUCAACAAACCUUGGAGAGCGAGCGAGCUUUAGCCUUGGACAAGGAAGAGAUCUUUAAGCGUCUGCAGCUUCGUGAGGCAGAAUUGAGCGAUAAAUUGGCUGGUGCCAUUGAAGACCAAGAGAAGCUCGAGGAUCAACUGGAUGACUUGUUGGAAGCCAAAAAGCGGGCUGAAUAUCAAUCCGAUGAGUAUCGAUCUCAGUUAGAGCAAGCAGGGCACAUCAUUGCUAAGCUGGAGAGCGAAAAGCGAGACCUUGCUGAGCAGCUGGCUAAUCUAGACGAUCAAUUACAAGAUCUUGCCAAGAAGCAGGCAGAUCGAAGCGCGCAAGAAGCACAGCUCGCCCAGGAUGUACAACUACUUCAAAGUCAGUUAAGUAUAAAAGACAGAAAGGUUCAUGACCUUGAGGCAAAACUUCUUAAGAUUGAUCAAGAUUCGGAAGUCAAAAUAGCCACCGCGACAAAAGACCUUCAAGUAUCGAAACUGAGGGAAAGCAACCUUGCCAGCGAGCACCGCAAAGUACAAAAACAGUUGUCCGAUUUGUCUGCAACAUCGACAGGAUAUGAAGAUCUCGUCAGACGCAAAGAAAGCGAGUUGGCCAUUCUUCGGUCUGAUAACCGUAAAUACGAGGCCGAGAAGAAGAGCUUCGAUGAGCAAAAGCGAUCACUGUCAGCCGACAAAGAAAAUAUUGCUAACCGAUUGAAAGAAGUCCAGGCUGAAAUGUUCGCUAUGAAGUCCCAGCAAGUCAAUCUACAAAAGGAAGCUGCCGACGCAAAAAAGCUUUUCGAUGCUAGGUUGACAGAGGAUGCUCACGCUGAGCAGAAUCGAAAGAGGCUGGAAGAACAAAUCUCGACUCUGAAACAACAGUUAUCAGAUGUGCAGAAAGACCUUAGCAAAGAACGACAAUCUCGAGAUGAUGUUCAACUCCUCGCGGAACAUAAAUUUCGAGAGCUCAGCGAGAAGUUUCAAGAACUGAAUGAAGCCAAGAUCAUUAUCGAAAAGGAGUUAUACGUCCAGCAAGACACUCUGAGGAGGGCGAUGGAGAAUAGAGUCUCGGCUGAAAAGGAACGUAACGAAGCGCGAAACGAAAUUAGAAAACUCAGAGAAGCAAAGAUUGUAGCUGAAGAAGCUAGAAUACAAGCUGAACUAGUCGGAGACCGUAAUGCAUCACGUUUGGCUCGGGAGCGAGAAUCUAGUUUGAAAAAGGACCUUGAAGCAGAACAAAAUCGAGCGAAGUAUUUCGAAACGGAAUGUAGCCGACUAAAUCAGCAAGUUGAAGAUCUCAACAAAGUUAUGAUAGAGUCUGGUGACUUCGGUCUUAGAGUUGACCAGGAAAAAGAACGACUUGAGCGUGAACUCAACACUGUUCGAAGUCGACUGAAUGCGUCGGAAAAUGACAACCGUGCAUUACUCAACAAGCUUCAACAAAAAGGUCUCGAGAUCGCCCGCACGAGCUCUAGAGCAAACGAAUCAUCCAGAGGUCAGCUAAUUGCUGCCCAACGCGAAAGAACAAAGGUCGAUGAGCAAAACAAGAAGCUUAAUAAACAGCUGGGUGACACACAAAUUCAACUCACAACCCUUCAAAAACAGAAGGAGAAGUUGGAGCUAAAUCUUGAGGAUCUGACGCGCGAAGUUGAACGCGAGCACAUGAGUAGCAGAAACGCUGAAAAGACAUCUUCUACUGUGACCACUCAGCUGGCAGAAGCAAAUCGCAAGUUGGAAGAUGAACGGCAACUUCACUCUCAGGCUCAAACUAAGAACCGACAACUUCAGUCUUUAAUUGAUACCCGAGAUAAAGAUAUCAUCGAAUUGAUGAAAAUUGUGGAUCCGGAAAUGCCUGCACCGCCGGUGACACAAUUUGAUGGUAGUGCCGACAGGAGCUCUUCCGAAAACCCAAACCUUAUCUCACAACUCACCCAGAAACUUGAAGAACUUCAGCAAAAUCUGAGAGUUCAAGCUGCCGGUAGAUCUAAUGCCGAAGCACAAGUACUUGAACUACGAAGACGAUAUGAGGAUGAAUUUGGUGAUCCGCCAGAGUGGCAAACGCCCGGUAGGCCUAAGCUUGAAGAGAUUGACGCCAAUGAGGGAGCUCGAAAUAUUUCGCCGACGCGGAUUAGAAACAAGCUCAACGGUAGACCUCAAUCAAGCGCGACUACACCUAAUCGACGCUUUCCAAGCUCAGGAGACCUUGCUCAUGAUUCCGCACGUUCGGACCGUACUGCUGAUCUUUUGAGUUUUAAUAAUCGCAUGGAUCUGAAGGCUGACGUAGAAGAACUGCAAAACCAAUUGCAGCUAUCGCAAAUGGAGAAUCGACAUCUCCAGAGUCAGCUUGAGCGUUCUACUCCGGGGCGGGAUAUUUUCGAGGAUAGCCCAUCAGUACGUCGUGUGCACAAGCUAGAGCAAGCCAAUAGUCGACUCCAUGAAAUGCUUGAUGAUUCUGCAAAGAAAGUUUCCGCCCUUGAAAAGAGUAUCCAGACUGGAGAGUUAACGUUUCGGGAUGUUCAAGCCAAAUCUCACGAGGAAUUGUUCGAGCUCAUCAACAAUCAAGAAGAGAACCGACGAAUCUUGAUGUACGCCCACAAAGAUGCGUUAGUUGAUCUUAAUGAUACAAAGAAAAAUUUCGAGAUUCUGAAACACACUCGUGCAGUUCUGGAAGUCGAUCUCCGAGAUGCGAAGUCUGAUCUUGAGGAUAUGAAUCUGCAGAGAGAUCAGGAUGGCGCGAGUCGAAAUCAACUUUUGCAAGAAUUUGCCGACCUUCAAAUUCGGUUGGAUGCCGAAUCUUCAAAAUUGGCUGAUGUCAGUUCAAGUCUAAGUCUCUACAAGAGCAGGGCAGACGAAUACUUUAGCAAACUCGAACAGGCGGAAAUCGCAGUGUUGAAAGCCUCUCGGGCCGAACAAUUUGCCAGGUCUCAAGCAAAAGAGGCAGAAGAUACAUGCGCGGAGAUUAUGUCAGAGCGAAAAUAUAUGGAUGAAACUAUCGAGGAUCUCCAAAACCAAAACCAACAUUACGAAGAAAAGCUCGAAGAUCUUUCAUCUGAUCUCGAUGCCGCCGUCCAAGCAAGAAAACGAUUACAGCACGAGCUUGAGGAUUAUCGAAGCCAACGGGCCAUGGAGAUCGAAGACAAAGAAUCUAGUAUGGAGCAGACAAGAAAGAAGUAUCAAGCCGAGUUUGCCACCCUCACGAAUGAAAUGGAUGUUGCUCGUGAGGAAAAAUUAUUCAAGCAAGCUGAGAACACAAGACUUCGGGAAGAAUUGGAUCAGCUUCGAUCGAAGUGGGAUGAUGAAGUUCUCAACAGUUCAACAUGGUCCAAAGAGAAAGCUCGCCUUGAAGCCACUCUCUCAGAUCUUAAUGUGUCACGGGAUGAAGCUGUCAGUGCCCAUAAUGAAGCUCAAGGCAAGCUUGUGUCUCUAUUGGCACAAGUCCGAAGUCUCAGAACAGAUGUUGAUGAUGCAGCUGCCGAGCGAGAUAUUCUGCAGCGCGAAAAACGUGGUUUGCAAGCUCGUCUAGAAGAAGCCAAAGCAGGACUUGAUGAUCUUGCUCGAAGCGAUAGCCCUGCACUACGAAAUGCUGCUGGCAUGGAUCGCGAGAUUCUGGAACUCAAAUCUAAUCUAGCUCAACAAGAAGAUAUUGCAGCUGCUGCUGUUGGUAAGAUGAGACGAUCCGAAGCACUUGCAUCGGAGAUACAGAAAGAUAUUGUUGCCGAGCGAGAAAUGACGGCGCAAUUGAAUAAAGAGAAGGCUCAGUUAGAAAAGUCACUCAAAGAAACUCAGGUCAGACUCCUGGAUUUGGAGACAAAAGGCUAUUCAAGUGCCAGUCAAGACCUCGAAUCCCAGCUCGAUGAACAAGAAUCCGAACGUAACAAGUCACAACGUUCUGUCCGAAACGUUGACCGUACAGUCAAAGAUCUUCAACAACAAAUUGAUCGCAAAGAAAAGGCCAAUACACAACUCCAAGAAGAUAUCGUCCGCUCUAGGGAUAAGGUUGAAAAGCUCCUUAAGACAAUCGACGAGCUUCAGUCGAGCGAUUCGACCAACCAGCUUUCAGCUCGUAGAGCAGAACGCGAAUUGAGAGAGGAGAGAGAAAAGGCUUUGAGAUUAGAGCGAGAAUUAGAGGGUUGGAAGGCAUUGAGAAUGCAGAAAGGUCCUGGUGGACGAAUCAGUGCGAGUGGCACGUGGAGACCAGGUAGCGAAUUCAGUUCUGAAGAUGCGGGGAUUGAAAUUCCGAAGAGGAAGAGUAGUUUGAGCAGGCAGGAUAGUAUGAGCAAGGGAUUUUUGUGA